CCCUCAACUUGUGGAUCUCAAAAACCCAUUCCCUUUCCCACCCUCAAAACUCGUUUUCUUAACUUUUAUUCCGCAACAAUGUUUUAGCGCAUUAUUCACUUGUACAGUACAAGUAACCAUAGCCUAUCAACUUCCAUACACACUCACUCUUCCACUACACUCGACAAACUCAUUUCUCCAAUUUUCACACACUAACACAAAUCUUCCUGCAAUUUCUCACACAUUAAUUGUUUAAUCUUUUUUAAAAAAAUGGGAACCAGAGUCCCUUCACACCAGCUCAGAAACGGACUCUACGUCUCGGGUCGACCCGAUCACCACCACCCCACAAUCGGGUCACCCGACAACGUCACCGGCGCCGAUGCCAACCACUCCGGUGACCACCCGCCACCAGUUCUUACCAGAUCCUGCAGGACUUCCGGAUCCGACCCGACUCCUAACCAUUCCGGGUCGGGUCGGGUGAUAGCGCUUCAACCAACCGGGUUAAUCACCUCCGGGAGCCUUGGAAUGAGCGGCGAAAGCGGGUCGGGUCAGAUGGGUCCGGAAACAUCGUCAGGGAAGACGGUGUACGGGCCGUCUGUAACGACGUUAGGGUAUGAUGAUCUAAGGUUAGGGUUUAGGGUUUCGAGGAAGUUAAUGUGGGUGUUGUUGGUUAUGGCGGUUAUGGGAUUGGUUGUGGGGGCGGUGUUGACGGUGGUGGUGAAGAAGGUGGUGGUUGUGGUGGUGGCUGCAGCGGUUUUGGUGCCGGUUAUUGUGGUGAUAUUGUGGAAUUGUGUGUUUAAGAAGAGGGGGUUGUUGGGGUAUUUACGAAAGUACCCUGAUGAUGAACUUAGAGGUGCUGUUGAUGGUCAAUUUGUCAAGAUUACUGGGAUUGUCACAUGUGGUAGCAUUCCUCUUGAAUCAUCAUUCCAAAAAGUAGAGAGGUGUGUGUAUGUAUCCACAGAGCUGUUCGAGCACAAGCGCGGUAGGGGGAAAUCACCUGUUGCUAACCAUUGUUGCUUCUCCUGGGGAUGCAGCAAUUCAGAGAAAUAUGUGGCUGAUUUUUACAUAUCAGACAUGCGAUCGGGAUUAAGGGCUCUAGUGAAAGCCGGAUACGGGGCUAAAGUAGCUCCGUUUGUUAAAGAAGCAACGGUUGUUGAUAUAACGAAAGAAAAGCGUGAGUUAUCUCCAAGGUUUUUGGAAUGGCUUGCUGACCGCAGCCUCUCGAGUGAUGACCGACUUAUGCGCCUCAAAGAAGGGUACAUCAAAGAAGGAAGCACGGUUAGUGUGAUGGGCGUGGUGAGGCGGCAUGAUAACCUGCUCAUGAUUGUUCCGCCAGGCGAGCCCAUGUCAACGGGCUGUCGAUGGUCUUGCGGUCUUCUCCCAACCUAUGUAGAAGGUCUUGUGUUGACUUGUGACGAAAGUCAAAAUGCUGAUGCCUCCUUACCUGUGUAGCUUAUAUGUUGAUCAUCAAAAGUACCAAAGUGUCUCCAGAUCAGUCCAUGGCUUUGCUGACUAUUUGUGCAUAUAAGUUGCAGACAGGCGGGACGGAGCAGACCUUUUAUAUAGUUUGGUAGACGCAGUAUAUGGGUAUUUCAUUGUAGCGUUGCUUUUGAAGAACUCGGAUUCUUUUAAAAAAGGUCUGUAAAUGUUGCCCGAUGGCUUUUCAAAGUCUUUAUAUUGCAUGUGUUAAUUUAUGACACAACAUGAAAUUCAUGGGUUUGUUGUGUUUA